AUGCCAGGGGAAAACACCACGGAAAAACUCCUCCAUCCGUCGGUAGAAGCGGCUGCAGUCUUCGCAGCAAUAAACAUCGCUUUCUCGGUCACUGCAUCGCUAGGCAAUGUUAUCAUCUUACUUGCUCUACACAAAGUGACUUCGAUUCAUUCUCCGACGAAAGUUUUGUUACAAUGUCUGGUAGUGACUGACCUUUGUGUGGGACUUAUUUCACAACCGUUGUAUGCAACAAGCCUUGUCAACGCAGGAAUAGCGAACUUCGACAUGAACAUUUUCCGUUACGUUACUAGACUAAUUUUGCCAAUGUCCGCUCUCGUCCUUUGUGGAGUAUCUCUCGCGACGUCUGCUGCAAUAAGUGUGGAUAGACUUCUCGCGCUGUUUUUGGGGCUGAAUUACAGAUACGUUGCCACCUUGAGGCGAGUGCGCGGGGUCCUUGUUUUUAUAUGGUUUAUAAAUGGUACACUAGCUGUGUGUGCCUUUAUUUCUCAUAUUUCAAUUCAUCUGUACAAUUUGUGUCAGUUGAUUUCUCUCGUGAUCUCGGCUUUCUCUUACACCAACAUCUACAUCCGUCUUCGACACAAACUGCAGUACGUGCAGAACCAUCCUCCAGAACAAAAACCGGCUUCAAAUAGUGUCGCGUCAACCGCAUUAAAUGUAGCAAGAUACAAGAAAACAGUCUCUACCAUAGCAUGGGUACAGCUCGGAUUAAUUUCUUGCUAUCUUCCCAUUUGUGUUGCUUCAUUUCUUCAAUAUCGUGGCAAGUUUCGUCAAAUCCCAUUUAUUCAUUCAUUCCUAUCCUUACUUUACUUCAACUCGUCUCUAAAUCCAAUUCUUUUCUGUUGGAAGAUCAGGGAAGUGAAACAGGCCGUGAAGGCCAUAAUAAGAGAUUUAAACUGUUUAUGCCGAACAAAUUGAACUGGAAUGAAAAUUAUUGACAGGAGGGGUCCAAACUUUUAUUCAAUAAACACAGAAGUUUUUAUCUCUAGUUUUUUUGUUUUAACACUGAAGCCUAAAUAAGCCUAGAAAUAUUAACAACUUUCAAAUACUUCAAGUUGAGUAACAAUAUGUGAUCCUGUUCUUGGAAGGAUUUUUUGGUUUCAGACAAGGAGGAAUAUUAACCACAGGUCUGACGACAGAGGGUUCUGGAACCUCCAGACCCUUCCCUGGAUUCGCCACUGAGACAGAAAAUCUCAAACUUGGUCCUCGACCCUGGCAGUAUGCAGUACCUUUGUCACUCGUGUUCGUCGCAGUGGUCUGACUCACCAUCGAGUCGUUUACUGUUCAGUCGUAGAACAUAAGAAGGCGAAAUCCAGAGAUCAGAAAUUCGAUACCCUGUGGAGUUCUAAGAUUUUUCCUUUAUCGCACGCGCGUAGCAAAUUAAAUUUAGUAGCUGUACGUUUGGAUGGACAGCUAGUGUGUCUGUUGGAAUUUAUACCAAGCUGUUCACGCCAUUGCGUCAGCUCCAACUCUUUAACCCUUUAACUCCCACAUCAAAUUUGAAAUUCCCAUUGCUGUCAACAAUACAAUUCUUAUAAAGUUAGUUCAGAGAAUUUAGUAUUGGAUCAAUUAGUUAUCCCCAAAUUGACAUUUUUCUUUAUUCUCAUCACUUAGCUGGUUGAUAUUGUAUUGAUAUUGUAAGGAGAAAUUCUGUCUUAGCCAUUCAUGGGAGUUAAAGGAUUAAGACAUUAGCAAUGAAUUUGCUUAAUAUAUAAAACUAAACCCUGUCUUAAAGGUGUUGUCUUAUAACAAAACAGACUCUCAUUUUUUUUUUUUUUACAAUAAUAUUUUAGGUGUAUUUGGUGACAGAUUUGAAUCAGGUUAAGAAAUUUUGGGUAUUACAGUAGUAUACCAGAUACUUUUGCCCAAGUAUUUUGGAAAUUUGGUCAAAAAUCUAAGUUUAAAUGGUGGAAAAAUGUUAAACUUUUUAGUUUUUACCAUCAUAGGCAAAGAUGAAAAAAACAAAAAAGCAAACAAACCAAGCACUGAGAAGAAA